UUCUAGGGCUCGCAGCAAUGAGGGCCGCAGACAGCAGCUCGUGGCGCCACGCCUUGCUCUACAUCUCGCCCUACACAUUCGCCGCGAUCGGCAUUGCGAUUUCCAUCGGCGUUUCGGUGCUCGGCGCAUCCUGGGGGAUUUACGUGACCGGGAGCAGUCUCAUCGGCGCCGCGAUCAAAGCUCCAAGAAUCACAUCCAAGAAUCUCAUCAGUGUGAUUUUUUGCGAGGCUGUUGCAAUCUAUGGAGUUAUAGUUGCCAUCAUCUUGCAGACUAAGCUGGAGUCUGUCACUCGAGACUACCAGCACACAGCGGAGUCGAUGCGCGCUGGCUACUCCAUCUUUGCCUCUGGAAUAAUCGUCGGCUUUGCAAAUCUUGUUUGCGGGAUUUGUGUUGGAGUGAUUGGCAGCAGCUGCGCUCUCUCGGACGCUCAAAACUCGACGCUGUUUGUAAAAAUUUUGGUGAUUGAGAUCUUUGGAAGCGCGCUGGGUCUCUUCGGCGUCAUCGUUGGGAUCAUCAUGUCUGCUCAGGCUACAUGGCCUAAAGCCACGUAAAUAUUUCGUUCGUUCUCCUUCUUUUGAGUGGAUCAAAACGGUGUAGUAAGCAUAUUCUACGUGCCGUGUAAAAUAUGCUCUCCCAUAAAAUGGCUAUGGCGGAUUCUUUCA